AUGAAAUUAUUGACGCGGCGGGACGCGAACCAAGGCCCUUGUGAUCCAGAGUCCGUCGGUCUAUUUGGUAACGCCCUCGUCAUUAUUUCAGUCAUCGUUGGCAGAAAGCUCCGGACGAUCACCAAUGUCCUGGUGGUCAAUCUGGCUUUCGCUGAUUUCAUGGCAUGUAUCCUCUUACCGUUCCAAAGCGCUGGUCUCCUAAGUCAAACAGGAGGGUACCCUCUGGACGAGGCGGUGUGCGCAACCGUUGCCGCAGUAGGAUACAUCAGCGUGUGCUGCAGUGUACACACCCUAGUCGCUAUCGCAUUCGUCCGCUGGUACGUCAUCACCAGAUCCAUUCGUGGUCAUCGAGGUCUUCAUACCCCGAAGAAAAUCGCCAUCAUGGUUUUGAUCAUCUGGAUAUUCUCGAUCUCCUUCAUGGUCGUACCUCCUUUUGUUGGCGUCGGGAAAUUCGGUUAUUCCACAUACUAUGGAACAUGUUCUUUAACAGAUACAAACGAACUAGAAUUCUAUUUUAUCUUACUUCAAGGGACUCUGGUUGCCAAUGCCCUUCUGUUCAUCCUUGUAUUUUACAUUCGUAUCUUAUGCCAUGUCUUGCGACAUAAUAAGCAGUUUCGAGAUAAGUACGCAGUUGAUGAACAUACCUGUUCAAACUCAACAGAGGCACAUCAGGACAAGGCUUCUUCGUCCAUUGCUGCAGGUUCUCGUCCACCACUUAACUAUUGUUUAAUAUUAAAUACUGAAUAG